ACAGCAUCCACAGCGAAUGAUACCACAUACUCUGAAAUCUCAAUUUCCAGAACCGGACGCAACCAGCCAUCUACCGACCCUAAUGGUAAGUGCGUGUGUGGGUGAGUGCCUGCGUGUGUGCUUACGUGUGUGUGCAGUGAAUGUGUACGUGGUUGUGUGGGUCAGAUGAAGUCAGUGCAAAAUGCAAGCUAGACAAAACAAUGAGGACGUUUUCUUUCAGGCAACUGAAAAUAUCUCAACAACAUAUGGGUGAGAAAAAAAGUUGACACCAUGCAGAACAUAAUCUAAUUGAGCUUUUUCAUCAUCCUUGUCUCCAUAGCCUCAAAAACCAUGUUCCUUGUUCCACGAGUCAUCCGUUUUCAACAUGUUUUGAUGAUUUCAUGUCUAACUUACAAUAAAAUUAAGUAGAAAGUCUAAUAGGUUGAUGUGAGUCUGAUUCAUAUUCUCUCUCUGUCUCCUCAGGUGGUGACCCUGAUUCUCAGGAGGGGUCAAAGGUCAGAGCAGGUGGAUGUGACCCUGUCAGAGUGGUUCUGGUGACUCUCUGUGUUCUUCUGAUGGGUGCUGUCAUUGGACUUGGGUUCCUGUGUGAGUGACCUAGAUAGUGGAGGUGGCUAAUCUAAAGCAGACUCUAUAACGGAGACAGAGUCAUAGAGGCUCUUGUCCAGAGCUAUGAAUAUAGAGAAAUAUCUAGGCACAUUUUUAGCACAAGAGCUGGAAAACCCCCAAAGUACUGCUUCAAAUGGAUAAAUGUUUUAUGCCAGGUCAUUGUCUAAUAUCUGUAACAACGUAAUUGAUAGAAGAUCCCGUAGAAAAAUGUUGGUGAAUAAAAUCAAUAGCUAUUUGUAAUACUUUUCACAAUCAACUAGUAUUACAUUUUACAUUUUACAUUUUAGUCAUUUAGCAGACGCUCUUAUCCAGAGCGACUUACAUAUUAUUAUUAUUUUUUUAUACUGGCCCCCUGUGGGAAACGAACCCACAACCCUGGCGUUGCAAACGCCAUGCUCUAUCAACUGAGCUACAUCCCUGCCGGCCAUUCCCUCCCCUACCCUGGACGACGCUGGGCCAAUUGCGCGCCGCCCAUGAGUCUCCCGGUCGCAGCAGAAGAAUGUUGGGGUCAGAUUCCUGCAGUUUAAAAUGUAUGUAUUUUUGCAAUCAGAUAUCAGCAACCCGCAAACCAAAAACACAGAGCUCCAAAUUCUGCAAGCGGCUUACGAUCGAAAUCUCACAGGUUUGGAGAAAGGUUUGACAGCCGGUAAGUUUAAGUUGACACAAAACAUUUUUUCCCAGCGGUUUUCUAAUUUAACUGUUGUUUAUAUGCAGAUGGAUGUAGGGAACUUGAGUCAGAGUUGUUAUCUUUUGGCAACUAGCUUUAACGAUCAAAAACAGAGAGCUUCUCUGUAAGUACUAUAGAGUAGACCCAUAGUGGAAGAGUCUAGAGCAGGAGUCCCAAACGGCCUGGUCACAUAUGCAGCUGGAUAGGACAGCUAGAGGGAAGUUGGGUCAAACUCAUUAACGUACAUUCCAAAUGUGUAUUUUUCACACAGAUACAACUUGCCCACAAACCCAGUGCAGCGCUCUUCAAAAUCUCAAAGACUCGAUUGAAAUGAAUCUUACAGCAGUUGAGCUUUGGAUCAUAUGCCUCAUGCUAAGAUGAAUACUAAACAGUGCAACAUUUCCAUUGACAUUUUCAUCCCUAUAAAAAGUGUAUCAGAAAAGAGAGUUUGUAUGUUAUGGGCUUUACCAUCUCAGUUAUGAGGAAAUUAUUGAAGCAAAAAUGUCAAAUCUGAUUUAACCAGAAGAGAGUAGUGGAAGUCUGAGUUACAAAAUGUGACUAGGUUUUUUCUUUAUUCUCAACUGUUUUGAAACAUAAUCAAGACUUGAUUGAGCAGAGAACUCCAUCAACUUGCCGUACAAUCACAGGUACUAUGCACGAAUGUCCCAAUAAAUAGUGGCACAAGAUUCAGUCAUAACUAAAAGUGCUUUGUGACAUAGGCCUGUGUUUUAUAUUAUAGAAUGAACUCAAAUGAAUUAAGGAAUUGGAAGAAUUAAUAUAAGAAAUUCCAUGGUAAAAAAGCAACUGGAAGUCACUUCAAACCAAAUUGUAUUGCCUAGGUUUCAGUCUAUUUCAGCUUUUUUCUUAUCCCAAUGUCACCACUUAGGCUGGUGAAGUAUGUGCACAGUAAAUCAAUGUGCUUUCAUGUCAGUAUGGAUCUUAUACAAUCAGUAACAAAAAUAAAUAAAUACUAUUCAUAUAGUAUGUUACAAAUACUUGAUUUUGAUAAGGGACUGUAGACAAAGACAUGUAGAUCACCAGUCUGGGGUUAUUUCUGUUUUCUCCCUCCACAGAUGAUAAGUGUCCAAUAUGUGCUGAUGGCUGGAUGGAUUAUGGGAAAAAGUGCUAUUAUUUUUCCAAUAGUAAACUGACCUGGGUUGAGAGUCGGGAUAAGUGUGUCUCCAUGGGGGGACACCUGGUCAUCAUAGACAGCGAAGAAGAGCAGGUAGUUAUGACUAUUGAAUGGGAAUUAAAUAAUACAUUGCAUCUGUCCAUCCAUAUCAUCUUUCAUUAAUUAAGGCUGUGGUCAGAUAUAGAUUUUGUAUCCACAAAUUACAGACUGAGCCAAUUGGUUUAAAAGGUCUCAAAGUGCUUUACAUUUUAUUAUGAGGGCUCAAUACCAUGUCAGUCUAAUGAAAAAAACGAACUAUAAAGCACAUGCAUUUAAACGUGCAAUCUACAAUAAUUCAAGUACACCAAGUACACCAUGUUUGACUGUUUUUAAAGGGAUAAUUCAACCAUUACAUAAUUUUGUAUUUGUUGCCUUAUAAGGCUAAACUGAAAUUAGUCUAUGGACAAGGAGAGAUUGCAAAGCACGCUUUUGUUUUGUAUACCUCGCUUUUGUCACCAACCGCUAACUUUAGCAUUAUAUAACCAAAACCAAUAAAAUAAAAUGUACCCUAAAUUAGCAUGCUUUAAAUAUUAUGAUAAAUCAUGUGGACCUAACAUCAAACAGUCCUUGAGCUUUUUAGUCAUUGCACUUUAGGUUCCACAAAAGCAUGGAUUACUGUUCUUAGAUUUACUCGUCUUGUCCAUAGACUGCUAUCUAUCAGGGUAAGGAAACAUUUGGGUGAACUAUCCUUUAAAACCAUAGUAGCACUCUAAUAUAAUUUGUCAAUCAAUGUUCCUGGUGAAGACAUUCUUAGAUGAUACAGUUGGUGCUAAAAUGAGUGUUGGUGAAGACAAGUUCUGGAUCGGACUGACAGACAAAAAUGAAGAGGGAAAGUGGUUAUGGGUGGACAACACACCUCUGGAUCCAAAUAAAAGGUCAGAAGUUAUUUUGAAUACAUUUCCAAUAGUAAUACAUUUAUGAAAGCAUGAUCAUUCAGUAUUGCUUCUACAGUAUCAGAGUUUUGAGAUGUGUUCUCAUAAUUGACAAAACACUAAAAUACAUGUGAAAUCAUGAGGAUUCCCAAACAAUGCAGUUAAUAUGAGGACAUGGAUGGCUGAAUGAAAUAUAAUGUAAUUCCUCUGAUUAUGUGUUAUCUUACGUCUACCCUAGCUUCUGGUCUGUUUUUGGAGAUGUCAACACAGAGCCUGAUGACUGGCAAGGAGUCAACGGAAUAAAUACAGAUGGGGAAGACUGUGCUAGAAUGGGAGAAAAACGUGGUACUCAUAAUGAAAACAGUUGGUUUGAUGUCAACUGUGGUACGCCACACAGAAGAAUAUGUGAGACAAUGGCAAUUGCAUGAUACAGUAUCUGUGUGAAACUAAAAAAAGUAUUGAAUUUUGCUCUGAACACAAAAGUAUCUUUACGUAUAUUUUUGAUGACAUUUAUAAGAAGAAGAAAGGAGAAACUGUAUUGGUAAAUGUACUACAGUAGAUUACUGUUGAUGUUUACAGACUGCUUGUUAUCUACAAUAUGUUUAUGCUUUAUGCGUUUUAUGCUAUAAUGUAAAACAAACCAAAUCUACAACUGAGCCCAACAAAAAAACAUGUCAGAUAUCUUCAGUUCAGCAUUUUCAUUAUUAAAGGAAAACUCCACCCAAAAACGAUCUUUUGGUAUUUAUUUCAUUAGUCCAUUGUUGAUAGAAGUUAGGUUCAAAUCAAAUCAAAUUUUAUUGGCCACAUGCGCCGAAUACAACAGGUGCAGACAUUACAGUGAAAUGCUUACUUACAGCCCUUAACCAACAGUGCAUUUAUUUUUAACAAAAAAGUAAAAAUAAAACAACAACAAAAAAAGUGGCUUUGUCGUGCCCUCUUCACGGCUGUCUUGGUGUGUUUGGACCAUGAUAGUUCGUUGGUGAUGUGGACACCAAGGAACUUGCAGCUCUCAACCUGUUCCACUACAGCCCCGUCGAUGAGAAUGGGGGCGUGCUCAGUCCUCUUUUUUUUCCUGUAGUCCACAAUCAUCUCCUUUGUCUUGGUCACGUUGAGGGAGAUGUUGUUGUCCUGGCACCAGGUCUCUGACCUCCUCCCUAUAGGCUGUCUCAUCGUUGUCGGUGAUCAGGCCUACCACUGUUGUGUCGUCUGCAAACUUAAUGAUGGUGUUGGAGUCCAUCCAAUUGGCGACAGAUUUUCAUGCGAAUAUUCAAAAAUCUGCAUAAAAAGAAUAUGCGCAUUAUCCCACCAGAGAUGUUUCCAUCAAAUUGACUUGUUGUGGAUAAAGGCUGUGCAUGAUGACAUAGUGCACAUAAAAGUAACUUUUGUGGUUAAAUUCCCAAUUCCCAAAUAAAAAAUAAAAGUUAAAUGGGUUUCCAUCGCAUUUUCAACUCUACUGAUGUUUUCGUGAAGAAACAUUUUGUGUUAUAGUGAAUGUGCCCACUCUGGUAUUGGCAUGUGCGCUAUAUAGCCAAUUAUUAUGGACAAAAGAGUGAGAUUAUUUAUAUUUUUCAAACGACAGCCAAGCAUUGAUCAUCAUGUCACCAGAAUAAGAUCCUCAAUAUUUAUUAUAUAGGAGCAUCAAGCUUAUCACCUAUCUUUACUGUCAGUGUUAGCAGGUCGGGUAACAAAUUAGAGUGGCAGAAUAAGUAUCAUGCAAAUCAUUUUUUGUUGUGACAGCCAAGUAUGUUAAUAAAUACACGUGAGGCAGCUGAAAACUUUUAUUGAAACCUCAAAAAAAGUGUCAGCACUUUGCUUAGGAUGCCGCCAGGUGUGGAAAGCUCUUAGAGAGCUACCCAGAAAGACUCACAGCUGUAAUCGCUGAAAAAGGUGCUUCUACAAAGUAUUGACUCAGGGGUGUGAAUAAUUAUGUAAAUGAGAUAUUUCUGUAUUUCAUUUUCAAUAAAAUUGCUAAAAACAUGUUUUCACUUUGUCAUUAUGGAUUAUUGUGUGUAGAUGGGUGAGAAAAAAAUGUAUAUUUAAAGUGAAGUGUAACUUUAUAGUUACCUGUGAGCUUUUUCUAUAUAAUUACUUAUUACUCAUUACCAAGUGAAAAUACAUAAACAAAAGAUGAGCUUCUACUUUAGUCAACUUUAAUUGCAACAUGUAAAAAAGACCUUACAUUUCUUACAAAAUAAUAAGGAUUUUUAUUGUUAGAUUAAUAAUUUCAUUAAUUAGAUUAAACAAAGAUGUAGGCCUACUCAAUAACAUAAAAAUAACUAUUCUAGUGGUGACUCAAAUCUGUAGCUUAUAGUAUAGUGAGUAGCCUACAUAGCUAAUUUAGAAAAAUGGGAUGGUCUUUUUCUUCACUUUUUAACAUUACAAGUAACAAUGGAAACACCAACUCUGUCUCUGAAUCCGUCUUCGUCUGUUUCUUUCUUGUAAGCGCCAAGAAACCCCAGUUAUAACAAACCUUUAUUUGCUCUCACAGCUGUAGCUUGGCCUAUGGUGCAAUAGAGAAGGCCUCACAGGUUCAAAGACAGUACCUACUGUUUAACUCUCCGAUUACCCAACUGGUUCAUGUUUAUUUGGGCACACAACAGAAAACCUUUUAAAACGGUCAACAAAAACGAGCAUUUCUAAUUGAACAAAUCCAGGUAGUCCCUCUCCUUUUCAGUGCGUUUUCUUCAAUUUGUUUGUGCCUAAUGAACAUGACCCAGGUCUCAUCCCAAUCCCACUCCCUCCCCUGGUAACCGUCUUGGACCACUGGUGCUGGGGGCCUUUCAGGGGAUCGCUCCGGGGACUUCUCCCUCCCCUCCUCGGCCACCAUCUCAGCCAUGAGGAUGAACGGGUCAGAGGGGUUCUUCUCCUUGAUGUCCUGGAUGGUCUCUACGAUGUACUCAGCAUUUUCCAGGGCCACUGGCAGUUCAAUAGUAGGUGGUUUCAAAUUAGUACAGAGCCUACAGCUCUUGUUGGAGAGAAUUUGAGGAGAAAUCUGUGUGACUAUGUGACUGACUGAGGUGACGGCUAAGUAGUGCUAGAUGUGGGAUGUUAACAUACCGGUAUGGGGAGUCCAACAGGCUGGGGGGUGUACUGGGUGUACAGGUUCAUGGGGACUGGGACAUACACUGGUACUGGGACAGGCACUAUGAUCACCUUGGGGAAAUUAUCAUCUGUGGACCAACAAACAAUAAAUAAAUAGAAAUACAAGUAGAGAUGUGUGUGUCUUUGAAUAUGUAUACAGGCUACACGUGUGUAUGUCUGCGCAUGUGUGUAUGUGUACGUGCAUGUGUGUGUGUGUGUGUGUGUGUGUGUGUGUGUGUGUUUGUGGUGUUCUACCUGUCUGGCACCCUGUGGUGGUGAAGUUGGGUUUACACAUGAUGCCCUUGUUCUGUACCAUGGGUUUGCAGAGCAGGGCCUUGUUCUUCUAUAUUUUAUGGCCCAAUUACCGUAUAAGCCUGUAACCGACGGUUAUGGAUGAAGACCGCCACAAAAAUAAAAUAGGAAAAAUGUAAGCUUGUUUUACGCCAUUGUUUGUAUACAAUGUAAUUGUAAAUAAACACUGUAUGGCUUCAAAACACUGUUAAAACUAUCAUUUUUAUCUCAUGGUCAUGGAUGGUCCGUCCUUGCUCCCAUAGCUUCGUCUAUUAACUUGAGAGUGGUUACAUUCCUCCAGCCCCAUCCCUCAGCUGUUUACCAAAAAAGACCCAGAUUGCCCCUUUAAAAUUAUAUUGACAACACAUAUUGAUACCCUAUUUCAAAACAUGUUCACUAGGACAAAAAUGACUGACAUCACAAAGAGGUUUUAGAGACGAUAAUUAAAAGGGUUUGCAGGAAACAUAUUUUUAGCUGGUUUGCAUGCAAGACUUCAUGCACGCUUCAUGCCUUAUCAGUGAUCUGUGCCGAUUAUUUUACAUUACAGUUUUUCUUUAUCACUUUGGUACGAUUUUCACAAGUAUGUGGUACAUUUUCACAACUCUUAGUACAAAACUCUAAACUGGUCACACUUGUAAUGCAGCCAGUCUUUCAUUCAAAACCUGUCAUUCCUUCAGUUGGAUUGUAAACAUCUCUCACAACACAACCAUUGAUUCAAAAUAUAGAGUAUGUUUAUUGUGAAAUGUAAUGAGAACAUUGGUUUAAUCACCAAAACACAACAUAAUAAUAUAUUUUCAAUUUAGUUGUUUUAGCUACCAGUUAAUCCAAUAGAGAACAAUACAAGAUACGUGUUUCAAAUCGCCCUUAGAAGUGCUGAAAGUAAUAUGCUACAGAACUGUCAAUUACAGUAGAUAACACAGUUUUCACAUUAGGCAAUACACUUACAUUACCAAACAAUCUAUAGUUUCUAUAAUAUCUAUCCAAUGUGUAAUCAAAGGUGUGAUCAUGCAAAAAUAAAUUUUAUUUAUGUAUGCACUUUUUACAAAUGUAUGCACACAUGACUGUAAGUCGCUUUGGAUAAAAGCGUCUGCUAAAUGGCAUAUUAUUAUUAUAAAUGUAAUAAAUUAAAUGAAACAAAUAAAAAUAAUAAAAAUAAAGCAUAAGGUUUAACAUGAAUUAAUUUGAAUGAAGCCUGUCUUGAGCAUUUGGCCAUAAAUUCUCAUCCACAUCACAGUGAAUGUCCUCAUUAUUCAUGCACUGCGGGAAAAGCCUUUUGACAUGGCGAAUCCAAGCUUGACGUUGGUCUGAAUUGAUGUCGUCGAAUGCUUCAUUCAUGGCCAGAAGUAGGGUGGCACGCUCAUGGGGAUGGUGAUCGUGCAGCUUCCACCUCCAUGCUGAAAAUAAUUCCUCAAUAGGGUUGGGGAAAGAAAAGUAUGGGGUCAGGUAUAGGGUCACGAAUCGGGGAUGGGCCCAAAACCAUGCCUGAACCACCUCUGCAUGGUAGAACCUGACAUUGUCCCACUUCAUCAACCAAGAUAUAUUUGUGAUGCUUCACAGCAGCAUCAAGCACCAUAGUUAUUUUUACAGUAUAGUUACAAUAUGAUAUUGUGAAGUAUCAUGUGCAUCAAAUAGUAACAGUAAUACAGUAUAUAGUGCUGUACCUGAACAUACUCGACCCACAGUUGUUUCACCCAGUCGUUGUUUCUCUCAAAAGGCAUCAGGUAAAUGUGUUUCAUACAUACCUGGUGCCUCUUCAAAAGGCGGGCCAUUGUUGGUAGGCUGAUGGAUGCCACAUUGGCAAAGGUGUCAUCGUUCUCCUCAAUGGCCUUCUUUAUAUCGGACAGCCGUAUGACAUUCCUGGCCCUCACCAUUUCCACCACUGCCCUCUCCUGCUGGUCGGUCAGCACACAGCCACGGCCACCACAAUGGGCUCUUCUGUCAACUCUGAGGGUAGAACAGAGUAUACUGUCAAUAGAUCAUACUGUAAGAAUACUGUAACAUGUUUUGUGAAUUUACAUGCAUUACAAUAUGUAACUUACUGUAAAUGUAAUGGUAAAUCAUAGUGCAUAUCCUGCAGACUUACCGGUAAGGAUCAAAUUGACAGUUUAUCUUUUCAGAUUGGGGUGAACUAAUCUGGCAGCCUCUGUCAUGGUAAGGCCUCUGUUUACCACAUGUUCAACGAUGAUGGCCCGGACUUCAUUAGACACAACAGUUCCCUGCCGUCUGCCUCCCUCUCUCUGAUGUCCACCUCUUUGAUGGGGCCCAUGCCCAACUCUUUGACCUCUUUGAUGGGGCCCAUGCCCAACUCUUUGACUUCUUUGAUGGGGCCCAUGCCCACCUCUUUGACUUCUUUGAUGGGGCCCAUGCCCACCUCUCUGACGGGCCCCUUGUCCACGAGCUCUUUGAUUUCUACCUCUCCCUUGCUGUCUUUCCUGCUCCUUGUUGAAAUCAAUUUGCAAUAACUAGUAGUCAUUAUGUAUGGUUAUCAUGUAUCAUAUGUCAUUUAGAUGGGUAUACUUUACAAACACACAUUUCAUUUCUGUAGUUCUCAAAAUCCAUAUAUAGUAGACAAACCAGUUAAAAAUCUAUAGGUUUACCAAACGGUUAAGUGAUUAACCAUUAAGCGCAGUUCGAUUAAGUGAUGGUCAAAUGUAUUUAAACAAAUGAAAAGAGAAUCAUAUGAAAAGUAUUGUGAGCAUUGCAUUGUGAAAGGCAAUUACUUUAUAUGAAAGGUAUUUCUAUAUGAAACACUGAUAAGGUUUGGAGAAAAGGUUACUGUGUGAUCUGUAGCUCAGCUGGUAGAGCACGGCGCUUGUAACGCCAAGGUAGUGGGUUCGAUCCCCGGGACCACCCAUACGUAAAAAUGUAUGCACGCAUGACUGUAAGUCGCUUUGGAUAAAAGCGUCUGCUAAAUGGCAUAUUAUUAUUAUUAUUAUUUUGUGUGUUGUACUUAUUCAAUUGAAAAUGUGCUUAAGAUUUUGAGAAAACAGCCUUUUUCAUGAUCUGUUUUGAGUUUUGUAAUAAGAGUUGAGAAAUUUUACCGCAUACUUGUGAAAACAAUACCAAAGCAAUUUAAAAAAAACUAACAAAUUGCGUGCUAAAAAUGCUGGUUCAGGAACAGCCAAUGUCAUGAGAGGAGAUUUGUCUUGUAAUCACACUUUCAUGGUUGCAUUCCAGCAACAGCAUCCACAGCGACUGAUGCCACAUACUCUGAAAUCUCAAUUCCCAAAGCCCAAACCCUAAUGGUAUGUGUGUGUGUGUUUGUGUGUGUGUGUGUGUGUGUGUGUGUGUUCCUUGUUCCUACGAGUCAUACACUGAGUGUACAAAACAUUAGGAACAACAUUCUAAUAUUGAGUCGCACCCCCUUUUGCCAUCAGAACAGCCUCAAUUCAUCGGGGCAUGGACUCUUAAAGGUGUCGAAAGCGUUCCACAGGGAUGCUGGCCCAUGUUGACUCCAAUGCUGUGUCAAGUUGGCUGGAUACCCUUUGGGUGGUGGACCAUUCUUGAUACAUAUGGGAACUGUUGAGCUUGAAAAACCCAGCAGCGUUGCAGUUCUUGACACACUCAAACCGGGGCGCCUGGCACCUACUACCAUAACCCGUUCAAUGGCACUUAAAUAUUUUGUCUUGCCCAUUCACCCUCUGAAUGACACACAUAAACAAUCCAUGUCUCAGUUGUCUCAAGGCUUAAAAAUCCUUCUUUAACCCGUCUCCUCCCCUUCAUCUACACUGAUUAAAGUAGAUUUAACAAGUGACAUCAAUACGGGAUCAUAGCUUUCACGUGGAUUCACCUGGUCAGUCUAUGUCAUAGAAAGAGCGUUUCUCAAUAUCCAUACAACCGUGCUCCACACUCUCAUGCUCUGAGUGCAUUCUCCGACCAUGUUCUCUUGAGUACAUUCUUCACUGAACCUUCAUCCAGCCAGGACAAUGGCAACAAUAGACGAAACAAGAUCUACACAAAACAAAUGUUUUACUUCAUAAUUAUCAGCUAGAUAUGUGAAUCGUAAUAAUCUAGCUAGCCAGCUAAUUAAACAGGCAAUAAUGACCUAAAACUAAUGUUAUGCAAGAUAUAUGUACAUUUUUUGUGGGUAGCUACCAAUUCUCUGUGGGUACAGUAGCUAGCUAACAAUUAUUUGUGGCUUUCUGGCUAGCUAACAGUACUAGUAGCUAGUCAUUUAGCCCUAUUGACUUAUUAUGGCCUUGCUAUCUACGGUACCUAGGCUGGUAAACAUGCCAAAAUUAACACAGCAUGUAUUUAUUAACGUAUCAAGAUAAAAUAUUGUAGUCUGGCAACAUAUGAGAUGUGAAUAGGCAACAUUUCAUUCCGAAGUCAGAGUGUAUUCUUCUUCUUCUUUGCGAUUUGGUUGGCGGAUCGCAUCCAACUUUUAGGUGCAUACACCGCCACCUACUGUACUGGUGUGUGAGGCCAUUCAUGGCCUUCCUACAUUAUAUUCUUAGAUACAAUAAUACAAAAUUGGGAAACAGGACCACCUAUUUAUUUUUAUUUUUUUGUGUGACUAUUUUUCGGGGGGCUUUCGAUUCAUUUCUGCAGCACAAUUAACAACCAUGGCUAUAAAUGUUAAAAAGCCCACCUUACUGAAGCACAUAUUCUUCCCAUCACUCUCUCUUGAUCUCUGCCUAUUCACAGGAAUGCUCUCAGGAUCCCUCACCCUGUACCCAUCUUCCUCUACCACUCUCUUCACUGCUUAGGCAUACAACACUUUCUGUACUAUUCUUUCCCUGGCAAACUCAAUCUGCCUUUCUCUCACCGGACACCUCCGAUCUCCAGCCCCAUGAUCACUCAAAUAAUGGCCACCAUUGAUUUCAAUAAAUAUUUCCUCAUUUUUUACGUGGUUGAGUCAUAUUUCUUUGCAUACUUUCUGUUGAAGCUUGCAUCGAUGUAUGCUUCAAAAUAUGUACAAACGGAGUACGCAUUUGAGAAGUGCCCUCCAUGCUCCGUUUCGCAUACUUUGAUUUGGACUAAUACUCUGACCCUCCCGUGCUCCAAUUUGCAUGCUCGGAGCACGGUAAUAUGCAUUUUGAGAAACACCCUCAGUGUACGUUUUCUUCAUGUUUUGAUGAUUUCAUGUCUAACAUACAAUACAAAUAAGUAGAAAGUCUUAUAGGUUGUCAGUUUAAUUAAUUCCCUCUCUGUCUCCUCAGCUGGUGACCCUGAUUCUAAGGAGGGGUCAAAGGUCAGAGCAGGUGGAUGUGACCCUGUCAGAGUGGUUCUGGUGACUCUCUGUGUUCUUCUGAUGGGUGCUGUCAUUGGACUUGGGUUCCUG